ACGUCAGUGCCGCGCGCCGCGGCGGCCACGAUGGCGGCGGCGGGCGGGCGCUGAGAGGCCCCAAUGGAGCCGGCGGCGCUCGGGCGGCUGCGGCGGCUCCUCCUCGCCGCGGCCCCGCCGCUGCCGCCGCCGGCGCCGCCCUCCCGCUCCGCGCACACCGGCGGCUCCGGGGCCCCGCGACCGCGCCGCGACCUCUACGAGGUGCUGGGCGUGCCGCGCACGGCCACGGCGGCGCAGAUCAAGACGGCGUACUACGAGCAGUCGUUCCGCUACCACCCCGACCGCAACGCCGGCAGCGCGGCCGCCGCCGCGCGCUUCGCCGCCGUCAGCGAGGCCUACCGGGUGCUGGGCAGCGCCGCGCUCCGCCGCAAGUACGACCGCGGGCUGCUCAGCGCCGAGGAGCUGCGCGAUGCCCCCCGGCCCGCGGGCCGCCCGCCCGGCGCCAGCGCCGCCCCGUCGCCGCCCCGCGCCCCCGCCGCCCGCACCGGGCCCAUCCCGCCGCCCUUCAACUUCGACGCCUUCUACCGAGCGCACUACGGGGAGCAGCUGGAGCGGGAGCAGCUGCUGCGGGCGCGGCGGGAGCAGCUGCGCCUCCGCCGGGAGGAGGCCGCGGAGCAGGGGCGCCUCAGGGCUCUCUCCAACCUGUCCCUGGGGCUCAUCUUUCUCAUGGGUGUUGCCAUCAUCUACGGCCUCAAGUGACAGCGGGGCGCCCCAGCUCCCCGGUCUCACCAGGGGGCUUGGCAGAGGGCUGGGGGUGCCCCCUGCACCUACAGUUGGCAAACACCGUGUGUCUGCUGUCGGGCUGUGACAUUUCACUCUGCCGAUGUGACCUCUAGGGACGAUACAUGACCAGCGGACUCCGUGGGCUGUGACCUGGCUCCUCUGCCAGUGUGACCUUCAGAUACAGAGUGCCCCUGGCCGGCACAGGAUGUGGCAUUGGUGUGACCUCUGGAUACCCUCUGUGGGCUCUGCUCCACAGCCUGUGCUGUGUCACCAGCGUGACCUUGCAGAGGUGGUACGAGAGCCCCACGGGCUCUGAUGUGCCCCCUCAGCUGAUACCACCUGCAGACACAGGGCCUGCCAGGUAAACAUGGCUCCUAGACGUUGGACUGGGGCGUGUCCCCUCCUUUGGCACAACUGUGUGACCUUGGUGUGCCCCAGGUGCCUGUUGUGAGCUGCAGCAGAGAUUAAAGGCUGUCAGAGGUGGUGUGUGCUGUGUGUGUUCAGGGCUGCGCUCACCCGUGCUCACGUGUGGCUCUGCAGUUUCUGCUAAUCCCAGACCUGCCACCUCUGUGCUGUCACACCUGCUGGUACUACACCUCUGUGGGAUUUUAGGAAUGUUGAUAUCCAAACUGCAUCACUGCCCUUGUCUGACCCUGCUCAGGGUGGUGAGUACAGAAGUGUUGGCUUCAGACUUGGCCUGGAAGGAUGAAACCUGGGUCUCUGGUGGCUCACGUCCUGCUCAGUGUGUGACAUUGUUUGGAAGUGCUCCCCAAAACACUUCCAUGUCUGAAGUUCUCUGUCCUGUCUAGGGCCUGCCAGGAACUUUGCACAAGCCCCUCCCUCUGAGGCCUUUGGGAGGGGUGCAGCUGGGAGCACCAAGUGCCAUUAGCUGUUAUACACAUAUCUGAGCAUCAUUUGCACAUGAGAGUACUUGCCUAUUUAAAUAUUGAAGUGUUUUAAGAACUGAAGAUCUCUCAGAAGCUUCUCUCUCUCCUUGUUGUGAUGGUUUCACCUGUGCUGUGCUGCUGCUGCCUGGAGGGAGAGAAGCUUCACAGCAGUGACCUGAGUGUGCCAAAGACUUUGUGUGGGGUGUGCAGGAGCCCAGCCCUCGUUAUCUUAUAACCCAGAGCCUGGGUCAUGUUUUGUCCCAGCACAAGAAUGUUAAAAGGAAAUUCCCUGUGUUUUCCACUGUGGAUUUCUGUGAUCCUGAUCAGAGCCUGAGGCGGUGGCACAGCAGGAAACACCAUGUCCUGCUGUCUAGGAUUGCUCUCUGCCUGUUCUGGAGCGUCUUGUGCCACUUCCAGCCGCAGACUCCAGAGGUUGCUGCGUGCUUGGAAUAAAUUCAGCCCAGGGGCAGAGAGAGCUUUCCAGGGUCCUCUCGUGGUUGUCAAUCCAUCCCUCUGUGUGGCAUUACAGUACUGAAGCAUCAGUGUGGGAAAAGCAGGAGCCCAACGUUCAUGAGUUACAGAGGGAAAGUCUCCAGAGUUGUGGCUCUGGCACAUGCUGAUGUGUUUUCAUGCUCAUUGUCGUGCUGUAAACCAAAUCACUGGAAAGAUCAGAGGUGGCUCUUCUGACAAAGUUUGUCAGAAAACAUUCUUUUCCAGGCUGGAAAAGCUGGAGGUGUCCAUGGGAAGCAGUGGGCACUAGGGAGCACCUCUCUAGCUCCUACCCAAACAGGUGGUUUGAGCAGUUCCUACUACUGGUUCUUCCUCAGGUCACCGUGAUGUAUCUUGAACAUUAAAGACAUCCAGCCAUAA